UUUGAGGUCUCUUCAAAGAUAGAGUCACAGGAGCUUAAUUUGAAGAUGUUGAGGGUAUAUUGCCAAAGGGUGUUGAAAUUGAAAGAAUCCGAUAGAGCUGUGGUAGCUAAUGGGAGAGUACUUGGACCACUUGAUGAAAAUGAAGAAUUCAUUGCUGAAGAUUUCAACCUCUUGGAACGGUUCAGUUCGUCAUCCUAUUUGGAAAAAAUUAACGGAAUCCUAUCUAAAGAUGCUGAGGAUGAAGAAGAGAUAACUAGUGACUCUAUGAUGAGGAUAAUAUCCCUUCUCAUCUCGAGGCCCCAGUCUCGAUCUCGUUUUGAAAUUGUGUAUGCUGGUGAUGAGCAUUCUGUUUUGAAACUUCCUGCUGCACAUCCUGAUCAGGUGGCAUUUGAUAUAGUAGCCAUUCUUGAUCCGGUGUCUAGAGGAGCCCAGAAACUGGGACCGAUCCUGCAAGUCCUACAAGAAGUACUUAAUUGUAAUAUUAGGGUGUUUUUGAACAGCGUAGAAAAGAACAGUGACAUGCCCGUUAAAAGUUUUUACCGAUUUGUAUUAGAACCCGAAAUUCAGUUCUCGGAAGACGGUCGUCAACUACCUGGUCCUUUAAUUUUUUGUUCAUUUAUCUACUUCAUUUUUAGUCACGAUGGUAGUGACACUCCUGAAAACUCAACUGACAUCAAGGUGCUUAUAAGUUCCUUACGCUCCCACAUAGUCAAACUGAGAGUACAGAAAAAAUCAGAUAAACAGAAUGUGGAUUUAUUGUCUGAUGAUGAAGGUGGUUCUGGUAUUUGGAAUUCUAUUGCAAGUUCUUUCUCUGGCACUGAAGAGGAACCUGACCAAAAAUUGAACAUAUUUUCACUAGCUUCUGGUCACUUGUAUGAACGAUUCCUCAGAAUCAUGAUGUUAUCCGUCCUCAAACAUACCAAAACUCCAGUCAAAUUUUGGUUUUUGAAGAAUUAUUUGUCGCCACAAAUAAAGGAUUUCCUACCAUACAUGGCUAAAGAAUAUGGGUUUGAGUAUGAGUUGGUGCAGUAUAAAUGGCCGAGGUGGCUACACCAGCAGAAUGAGAAACAGAGGAUAAUUUGGGGCUACAAAAUAUUGUUCUUGGAUGUACUGUUUCCUCUGGAUGUCAAAAAAAUCAUUUUUGUUGAUGCUGAUCAGGUGGUCAGAGCAGACCUAAAAGAACUACAACAGUUAGACCUUGGAGGUGCCCCAUAUGGUUAUACUCCAUUUUGCGAAUCCCGCAAAGAAAUGGACGGCUUCCGAUUCUGGAAACAUGGUUACUGGAGAAACCAUCUGCAAGGCAGACGAUAUCACAUUUCAGCCCUGUAUGUAGUUGAUUUGAAGCGGUUCCGAAGGAUAGCGGCCGGAGACAGACUGAGAGGACAGUAUCAAGCUCUUAGUCAGGAUCCGAACAGCUUAUCCAACUUGGAUCAGGAUUUACCUAAUAACAUGAUUCACCAGGUGGCUAUUAAAUCUUUGCCGCAGGAAUGGUUGUGGUGUGAAACUUGGUGUGAUGAUGCUUCAAAGGAUUAUGCAAAAACAAUUGAUUUGUGCAAUAAUCCAAUGACUAAAGAAGCAAAACUAACAGCUGCUGUUAGAAUAUUGCCAGAAUGGAAAGGAUAUGAUGAUGAAAUAAGAGAACUGCAGAAAAGAAUCGACUCCGGUGAACUAGAUGCCGAUCCUUCUGAAGAAAAAGAAGUAGUUGAUAAAGGUGCGACUGAUAUACAUUCAGAGUUAUGAUAGGCUUAAUUUAAAGGAAUUAUGUACAGAUUUUUCAGUAAUUUGUAAACAGUGAUAAAACAGUGUUAGUGUCAGUUACUAUUAAGUCUUAUUUUA